AUGGAUGACGUUGACCCAAUCAAGAGUCGCGAGAUAGAGGCUCGCGAGCUCCGGAAGGCCAUCCUCUCCCGCCUGGACCAGUACCGCCAGCUCCAGUCUCUCGUCCCGUCUCACGCGAUCGAUCAACAAGUAGUCAACCCAGAUAAUGCCUUUCGGCUGGAGACGACCCGAACGGCGCUGCUGAGAGACCUACGCCAAUUGUCGUCGAUGCUGCUGGCUCUGGAGAAGAAGAUCGACGACAAGAGGUGGAUGAAAUGGAUUCUUCCCCCCUUCCUAGGAAUGAUUGGCUAUUUCCUCCUCAUGGGGCUGUACAAGCUGCCCUACUUCCGGCAGUGGUCGCCCGAUCGCAAGGUCAAUGAAAAGGGCAAACGCCGCCCUCUGUUCUUGAACCUGCUGGCGCUGCUCCCCUGGGUCACCCGCCCGUUGGCUGCGUUCAAGAUAUUCAUGUAUGAAAGGCGGCGGAUGCAGACAACGCGCUUGCAGGAGAGCGUGGACGAGCUGGAGUCACAGGUGGAGAGCGGCUCCCCAUUCCAAGAUGAUAGAUGCUUGGUAGCUAAGAAGUGGGAUCGCAUUCCUUGGGACGAGUGCAAGGAUGUCUACGACCGGGCCUUCCUUUACUUGUCUACGGGCUUGUAG